AUGAGAGUGCCAGCUUGUAGUCUGCCCCAUGUGGCAUUCACAGUGUCUGAGUUGGCGGCCGUUACCUCUGUGCAAGGCUGGAGUAACAGGAAAGUCAAGGUCAUAGGUCGGCUGCGCGAUUACGAUCCCACGAACAAGCUUGCGGUUCUUGAGUCUGUGGCAGAACAAGAGGGAGUCUUCCAGAUUAAGUCUCUGACAGAAUCCUUCUUUCUCUCAGACUUAUUGCAUAUCGAUUCAUCACGAGUGGGGUUCGCGGCAGGUGUGGGAACCCGAGUUAAUUUCUGGGGAGAAGGACCGCGGGAGAAGCAGCGGUGCCNUCAGUACGUCAUCGACUCAACGGCUCCGCUGAAGACCCUUCAGGACUGGAGGACGGUGGUGUGCUGGACCCCUUACUGGGCGCGGUGCGGCGUGUGCGCGCAUGACUUCCAGCUGAUCAUGAAGAUUGAGACACUGGAUGAGGACGAGCGGUUCCUGGUGACCUUGGCUGACCUCGCGGAGCUCAAGAAGGUCAAAGAAUGGCGCCACUCUGCCGGAAAUGGUAUCAACACUACCAAGCGAUACUUUCAGCAGCUAAGCACCCAGCAGAUGCACCAGCUAUACCAGCGAUACCAGUUAGACUUCCAGAUGUUCGGAUAUUCGAUACACCAGUACUUGCGUCUCGCUCGGGAUGCUGUGCCUGAGAGAUGACGCAAGAAGGGUUAAUAAAUAUAGACGUAUUUAUUUUAUUAUCUCUUUCUGUUUUUAUGUGUCUGUUUAUCUGUCUGUCUCUUUGUUCUUUCUCAG